AUGAAAUUCUUGAGUUCGUGGCCAAGGAGCAACGCACGAGGAGAAGUACGAUCAAAGGAGCAGAUCAGACCCACGCAUCAUGUAUUAGCGGCUUUCGUCGCACUCUGUCUCUCCAUAUUCCUGUUAGCACUCGACACCGUACUCAUACCAACGGCUCUUCCCACGAUCUCUCGGUCUUUUCGCAUCUCCGACUCCGUAUACGCCUGGACGGGAUCUUCCUACCUUCUCGCGAAUGCCUCAUCCAUCCCUUUCUGGAGUAAGCUUUCGGACAUAUUUGGUAGGAAACCGGUCAUUCUUGCAGCCAACGCAGUAUUCCUUGGCGGCAGCAUCUUGUGCGCCGUCAGUAAAAGUUCUUCCAUGCUCAUCUUUGGUCGAGUGGUCCAAGGUCUGGGCGGAGGGGGCGUCGUGGUUCUAGUACAUGUAUGCGUCAGUGACCUGUUCACGAUCCGGGAUCGGUCAUUCUACAUGGGUACCGUCGGCGCCGUCUGGGCUCUGGCAUCCGCUCUUGGACCCGUACUUGGUGGCGUCUUCGCACAACGUCUUUAUUGGACGUGGUGUUUUUACAUCAACAUACCAAUCGUCUCGCUCGCAAUCGUGGUUCUCUACCUUACAUUGCACGUUCACAACCCACGAGUACCUCUCAUGGCCGGCCUCGCAGCCAUGGACUGGCUGGGUACUAUCACAAUAGUCACUGCUACUGUACUGCUGCUUGUUGGUCUCCAAGUAGGUGGUGUUACAUCAUACUCGAAUGCAGGAGUUCUUACGUGCUUGGUGUUUGGACCGAUUGCGUACAUUGCCUUUCCUUUCUCACAACAUUGGGUAGCUCAACAUGGUGGGAGCCCAAUUAUGCCAUUGCGAAUAUUCAAAGAUAUCAGCAACCUCUGCGCGUUAGCUGUUUGUGCAUGCGACACUCUAGUCUUUACUUCGGUGGCUUACUUUCUACCUCUAUACUUCCAAGUUGUCCUUGGUCGCAGCUCUAGUAUCACAGGAGUUUACAUGCUCGCAAUCGCAAUACCGUUAGCGAUAAUUUCAUUUGUGUCUGGUCAUGUCAUCGAAAAGACUGGUCGCUUUCUCGAGCCGCUUCAAAUGGGACUCUUUAUUAUGACACUUGGAGUCGGCCUGCUUAUCUCGCUGGGUACUUCGCCAAAUCUCGAAAUCAUCAUUGUGGUGCUGAUUGUCAUCAGCCUAGGAUUUGGUCCCAAUUUCGGUGCACCGCUCAUUGCUCUGCAAACACGGAUUCAAGAAUCAGAUAUCGCCUCAGGUACCGCAGCUUUUGGCUUUGUACGCACGAUUUCAGGUGCGAUUGGUCUUGUCAUAGGCCAAGUGGUAUUCCAGCUCCUCAUGGCUCCAUAUUCCGAGAUUGUUGACAGUGGCGUCACGAGGGACAUUGCUUUGAAGUUUGCUGGAGGCGAAGCUAUGUCUCAGAGCGUCAUCGUCACUGAACUUACUGAAUCUCAGGCCCAUGUGGUUCGCCACGGGUUCAUGAGGGCACUGAGAGGGAUGUGGAUCUUUUACACAAUUGUCGGCGCAGUUGGUUUACUAGUGUCUUUUGGUAUCAAAAGAACGAAGUUGCAUCGGAAUUCAAUCACCGAGCUCGACAAGAUGGAGUGUGCGCCGAGCGAUGAUGCGUCAGAUAGCAACACGCGCGCACGCGGUUGA